AUGGCAGACAACGCGGGUACUCGGCCCAAGUCGGGGCUGCAACGACUUUGGUCGUUCGGUCACGGUGGGCAGCUGGAUUUGCGACCGCCCUCGACGACAACGCAAACUGCUGACAGUGCUGCUGCUUCUGGUGGUGGUGAAGGAGACCGAGGUGAUCCAGGCACGCCACCUUCGGUGAUUCGCCACCGUCGCGCAGACCCGCGAGCCGAUUUCAGGCUGAACAUGCUCACGCACUCGUUCUCCAGCGACACUGUGACGGACGCGAUGUCAAGGGAGCAGCGAUCCAUCCCGUAUCGCCAUCGACGAGUCAAGAGCUACACGGGCUCGGCGGACUGGCAGCUUUUGGACUCGGGGCCUACCUUUCGUCCGCGCACGUACACGAAAUCGCUGGAGUAUCUGGUCCAGCACUUGGCUCCCACUGCGGACAUUGGCGGGACGUUGCCAUCGCCACGCUACACAUCGCCCACAGCGAAGUCAAAGAACGCGAUGCCUCGAGUCUGGUCGCCUCGUCAUGGGAAUGCGAUUCCAAGUGUUCCUGCCGUGGACUACCAGAUGAAGUACGAGUUCGCCUUGAUCCUUCACAACAAACCCACCACGCCGCGAAUCCUGGCCCGAAACGGGUUAGAUGCCGUGGGGAAGCGCCAGAUGGAGGUAUUAAGUCGCUGCAUCAAUGCUGGGUUUGAGGUGUCAGUGCUCUCCAGUACUCUGUACUCCCGCAAGUAUCUGGUGCUCCUUCUGCGUCCGUCGCCAUCGAGACUGCAAACCGAAAAGAAUCGGCUGGUGCUGGAGCGUUGGCUUCAGAUCGGAGCUGUCGGCGAAGUCCCCUCUGAAAUCGAAGAGCUUAUUGCCUCCAGUAACAUUGGAGAUUUCACCCCUGCUGAACGAAUCCAAACCAUCGCGCGUAUCAUUACAUCGAUAGCCAACGUGGAAGAGCUGAACCCCCCAGGAGCAAACAUCUCGUUCGAAGAAGUCAACCGCAACGAAACAAUCAUCAUGGCCUGCUUCCCGCUUCACAAUCGCCAUGUGGACAACAUGCUGCUAGCCAAAUGUGGUCAAUGGUGGUGGAAGUCGACAGAGAUUACGAACGAGCUCCGUUACUACUACGGAGAGCGCGUGGCCUUCUACUUCAGCUUCCUGUUCGUCUACACAAAAUGUUUACUGGUUCCAGCUCUUGUGGGGUGCGCUGUGUACGUUUCUUGCAGGUGGAUUGGGGCGGUUGCGUACAUGAGAACACUAUGCAUUUUCGGCUUCUGCACGGUCACGAUUUGGGGAACGUCAUUUCUGAAGGCAUGGACGAGGCAAAAUAACCUCUUGAACGAUGCGUGGAACCUCAGGCUGUUCAAAGAAGCAGACUACCCGAACGCGACGUUCAAGCCGCAAGGCUACCGCGAUGUUGUGGAUACACAUGGUGUCCUGCUCUUCCGUGAGCCGUACUACAACCCACUGUGGCGUAUUCCAGCGUACAUACAGACAUUCCUGGUCUUUUCCCUGUUCAUAGCAACGUACGUCAUAGGGACCGCGUUUUUCGUGCAAUGGUAUACUGCUGCAAUGAUGGCUCCAGUGUGCAGCAAGUGCCCAGACUGCGUCGCGUUCCUGUCGUGCUUCAACACGGAGAGACCGAUACUGCUUACGGACAGGUGGUGUUACAUUUUCGCUCAAGGAAUUCUACUGGGAAUCUCGCUCGACAUCGUCGUAUACUUGCUGAGUGUCAAGCUCAUUCGCUUUUUCGUGGCUCGAGAGAAUCACGUCAUGGAGGCCCAUUUCCAAAGAACGAUGAUCAAUCGUCUCUUCGCCAUUAACUGGAUCUCCUUUUUCCUCUGGUUCAUGCUGAUCUCGUUCGUCAUCAUCCCAUUUGGCGACGAGGUGGAGACCUGGCUGUCGGCGAAUCUCAAGUACACUAAGCUCACUGUUCGAUGGCAAGGUGGCGUCAUCGACAUGUCGACGGCAUUUGUGACACCGCUGCUCAUUACACAAGCUCUAAACCUCUUGAUCGACACGUCGCUACCGAUAAUUUUUCGACGAGAGACCCUGAGGGCAUCGAAGCUGGCGAAAAAGAUCAUGAAAGCCAAUCCAGCAGAGACGCUUCUGGCGCUUUCCGAGUAUCACUCGUCCUUCGAGAACCUCUCGAGUGAUCUUUCUCCGACCCAAUCAUCUCGGUCAGUUGCAUUCAAGACCAAAAUCGAGCUUCAAAUGAUGACUCCGAUCCGAAUUCCAUACCUCGAAGAAGCAUUGGGGGUAUCGAUCCCCACGCUAGAAGGCUUCGACAACGAGAAAUAUUUUAUGACAGCUGAUGAUGUGCUUGAAGAAAGUCAACUACCGCUGUACAAUGCUUUCCCUGACUAUUUGCGAAUGGUCAUUCAAUACGGAUACGUCGUGAUGUUUUCUGUAGUGUGGCCGUUUUGCGCGAUGGCAGCCUUUGCCAAUAACGUUGUCCACAUCCAGAAUUCAUUCUACAAACUCGUGCUGCUGCGACGACGACCUGUUCCACGGAAGUCGAACAGCAUCGGCCAGUGGGAGAAGAUGCUGUUUAUCACUCUUUUCUUGGCCAUCUUUGUGGUCGUGGGGCUUAUUUGCGUUAGUACUGGCGAACUCGAGUACUUCAUAUCGGAGUGCAUGGCACUAGACCGAUUCAACGGGAAGGAUUUCAGCAUGGGCCCCGAGUUUUCCUGCCUCGACAUUUCGUCGCGGUUCAUUGUUGCGCUGAUAUUGGAGCACGCUGCCAUCCUCAUCGUUUACGUGAUAAUGGACUACAUCUCCGACACGCCGUCAAGUGUGCGCACGUCGUUCGAGAGGAAGAAGGAGCUCAUCCGACGAGCGAUUUGUGGGCAGGGGCCACCGACAAGUCCAAAAUCCGAAGGCAAGGGCGCGCCAGUCCGCCACGGAAUAAAGUCGUUUGAAACUGCGUAG